AUGGCACCCCAAUCAAUCAUCAACGAGCCCAUUGCCAUUAUUGGCAUCGGCUGCAGAUUCCCUGGCGCGUCUUCGCUAUCGAAGCUGAAGGAGCUUCUUCCAACCCCUAAUGACCUUUCUCAGGACAUUCCAGAUGACCGUUUCCAUGUGGACGGCUUCUAUCAUCCCAACGCACAAAACCAUGGGAGCACCAGCGUCCGCAGGUCAUACUGUCUUGAUGUCAAUGUCAGAGAGUUUGACAACAACUUUUUCAACAUCACCGCUAUUGAGGCCACCGCCAUGGACCCUCAGCAGCGAUUGUUGCUCGAAACUGUCUACGAAGCCUUGGAGAAUGCAAAUGUCUCUGUCAAACAGCUGAAGGGCUCAGAUACCGGCGUCUAUGUUGGGCUCAUGUGCGGUGACUAUGAGAAUAUCUUGAUGCGUGACAUCGACUCUGCGCCUAGGUAUCAGGCCACCGGUGUUGGCCGGAGCAUUAUGGCGAACCGCAUUUCUUAUACAUGGGACCUUCACGGUCCAUCCAUGACCAUAGACACAGCCUGCUCUUCUAGUCUUGUGGCCCUUCACCAAGCUGUACAAGCCCUCCGGCUUGGCGAAAGCCAAAUGGCCAUUGUUGGCGGGUCUAACCUGCUCCUAGGCCCCGAAUGGUACAUUACCGAAUCCAACCUGAACAUGUUAUCUCCCAACGGUAUCAGCCGAAUGUGGGAUGCAGGCGCAGACGGUUACGCAAGGGGAGAAGGCGUAGCCGCGGUCAUCCUCAAGCGUUUAAGCGAUGCCGUUGCGGAUGGCGACUUUAUCGAGUCCGUGAUUCGCGAAACUGGAGUUUCUCAAGACGGGCGCACAAACGGCAUUACAACGCCCUGCGCUGAAGCUCAAGCGAAUCUGAUACGUCGUGUAUACGCCAAGGCUGGGUUGGAUGUGAGCAAGGACCGCCCGCAGUAUUUUGAGGCUCAUGGUACUGGCACACCCGCCGGUGACCCUGUCGAGGCAGAAGCGAUUCAUGCUGUAUUUGGUGGUAGUAGGACGUUAGACGAGGCCAAUUCUCCACCGCUAUAUGUGGGCUCUGUCAAGACGAUCAUCGGUCACACCGAAGGCACGGCAGGAUUAGCCGGCUUGAUCAAGGCGACUCUGGCACUACAGCAAAGAACAGUGUUUCCAAACAAGCACUUCCACAAGCUCAACCCUAAGAUCGAGCCAUUCUACAAGGGGCUAGAAAUACCCACCUCCGCUGUGCCAUGGCCCACAGUACCGGGCAACCAACCUCGCCGUGCCAGCGUCAACAGCUUCGGCUUCGGGGGCACCAAUGCGCAUGUUAUCCUGGAAAGCUUCGAUGGCGUGUCUCACAUGCCUAGAAAAGCUGACCAGAAGCCUGAAUCUUUUAUACCCUUCAUCCUAUCAGCAAAAAGCGAAUCCUCUCUGGCCAAAAGCAUUCUGGGUCAUGUCGACUGGAUAAGCCAACGUAAAAGCCUCGAUGUUCAUGACCUUGCUCUGGCAUCUUGUCGAAAAUCCUUGUUUUCUUACAAAGUCGCCGUCCCCGUAACCAACAUCGAAGAGCUAUGCUCUGGACUUUUGAAGAGACUUGAAAACCGGAACUGGGCCAAACCCAGUGGGCAUGCCAAUCCCAAGAGGUUAUUGGGAAUAUUCACUGGACAGGGAGCUCAAUAUGCUGGCAUGAUGACCGGACUUAUUCAAUCAUCGCCAUGGGCAAAUGGGCGAGCUUUGGAGCUUGAAAGGGCGCUCAUGGACCUGCUCCCAGCCCACGAAAGACCUACAAACUCAAUUAUUAGUCAGCUGCUAGCAUCGACUUCGGAAAAGGACUCUUCUGCCGGCGUUGCCGUCAUGCGGGCUGAGCUAUCUCAACCCUUGUGUACCAUGACCCAAAUCCUGUUGGUGGAUGUACUCGAUAAGGCUGGGGUUACCUUUGGUGCCGUCGUAGGGCACUCGUCUGGAGAGAUUGCUGCAGCAUAUGCGGCCGGGCGUCUUCCAGCCGAGACGGCACUUGCUGUUGCGUACUAUCGUGGCAUCAACAGCAAAUUUGCUGGCGGCCUCGACGGAAAGAAGGGAGCCAUGUCGGCGGCAUCCAUGUCGCAUGCAGACGCCGGUCGGUUUUGUUCGCAGUCUCGAUUCCAGGGCCGUUUGAGUGUUGCAGCAAGCAACUCGCCGGGCAGCAUUACUCUGUCUGGUGAUGAAGACGCCGUCGCUGAUGCGGAGCAGGAACUGCAGUCACAGUCCAUCAAGGUCAAGCGUCUCCUUGUCGACAAGGCCUAUCAUUCGCACCACAUGCACCCCUGCACAGCAGCCUAUACGUCAAACUUGGAACGCCUUUCAGGCUUCAAGCAGGGCAAGGGGGCCACGCGCUGGUUCUCAAGUGUACAGGUGCGAGAAAUAACAGAGGCCCCGCUCGGGAUGGGCUACUGGGUAGAGAACUUGGUCCAGCCAGUCCUCUUCUCCCAGGCUUUGGAGGCAGCCUGCGAGAGCUUGGGCCCCGUGGAUGUCCUUGUCGAAAUUGGACCGCAUCCCGCUUUGCGUGGCCCUGUCACUCAGACCCUACAAAACCUGUGGCCCGACAGCGAUAUCUCUUACGGAUUCCUGCUUGAGAGGGGGGGAGAUGACAUCAAGUCUAUGCAGGUUGGUUUGGCUCAAAUCUUGGAAGCAGGGAUAGAGCUGGACUUGCAUGCUGUGCAAAGACUACUGUCCCCCGUCGAGGGCCGGCCUGUCAGGGGGCUGCCCACGUACCAUUGGGACCACAAUGAGGAGCUAUGGCACGAGACACGCUAUUCCAAGUCGUUUCGUCUGCGGGAAAGACCAAUCCAUCCACUCCUGGGUAGCCCCUUACCUGAUAGCUCCCCGGCAGACAUGAGGUGGAGAAACGUCCUUCUAGAGUCGGAGCUGCCUUGGCUUUCCGGCCACAAGGUCCAGGGCCAGAUGGUUUUCCCAGCGGCUGGCUAUUUAUGUGCUGCUGUCGAGGCAGCCCGCGAGCUCGUCGGCCAAGACAACAGCAUACAGAGCAUCGACAUCGGCGACUUUGAGAUCCUUCAACCUUUGAUAAUGACAGCCGAUGACUCUGGCGUGGAGUCCAUCUGCACCUUGACUGACGUGCGACGCUUCGGACAAGCCAAGGCCCAAGCUGCUUUCAGUUUUUACUCGGCUCUGGCCGGAGACCGUCUAUCCCUGAUGGCCAAGGGGACAGUGGUGGUUCGUCUGGGCUCACAAGCAGAAAGUAAGGGAUUGUCGACAAUGCAUUUGGAAAAUCACUUGGAACUCGAUCCACUGAUGGUUCCCAUAUCUGAGGACCGGCUCUACACUGUCUGGAAUGAGUUGGGAUAUGGCUAUACUGGACCUUUCCGGGCCAUUCACGGCGCCUCGAGAAAGCUUGGCGCAGCCAAGGGUCAGAUCCUCCCGGCUAAGUUUGGCGGGAUGGCGAUACAUCCCGCAACCCUCGACGCUGCCGUACAGACUGUCCUCCUGGCCUACUGCCACCCAGACGAUGGCCGGCUCUGGUCAGUCCACGUCCCUAGACGGGUGAAGAUGUUCAGUCUCAACGUCGGGACUGCCUUGGUCACCGCCGGUAGUAACCAAAGUCUUGAUUUCAUCUCCACCCUCCCCAAAAAAGGCGAGACGGGACUUUGUGGCGAUGUUGAUCUGUUCACCCACCAAGGAAGAUCUCUGGUGCAGAUCAGUGGCAUCGACUGCGUGCCUCUGAACCCGCCAAACGCCAACAACGACGCCCGCCUCUUCUUCACCACCCGGUGGGCGCCAGCCUCGCCGGACGCUGCCACAGUCUGCUGGGACGGACGGGCUACCGAUGCCGACCACGAGCUUGCUUUUGAUUUGGAGAGACUGUCUUUCUUCUACAUGAGGCAUCUCGACAGGGAGAUUCCGCAAGACCAUCCGCAGCGGACACAGGGAGCGUGGCGUAGAUACUUUGGCUUUGUGGAGCACGUAACGAAGCUGGUCGAACGCGGCGCCCACCCGUACAUCCACAAGUCCUGGAUGCAAGACACGCCCGAGAUUAAAGCCGUUAUCAAGGCCAAGUACCCACAUAGUCUGGAUCGAAGACUGGCCGAGGCGGUGGGUGAGAAUGUCUGCCAGGUGGUUCGCGAUGGGCGCACGAUGCUGGAGCACUUGCUUCAGGACGGUCUGCUGGAUGACUACUACCACCAUGGAACAACAAACAAGAGCCACAUACAGUAUCUGGCGAGGGUGGUUGGGCAGUUAUCCCACAGAUAUCCGGGCAUGAAUAUUCUUGAAGUUGGAGCUGGAACUGGCAGUGGGACCAAGAGCAUCUUGAAAGAGAUUGGAGACAAGUUUGCAUCUUAUACCUACACGGACAUUUCAGUUGGCUUUUUUGAAAAGGCACGCGGAGUCUUUGAGGCCCAUGUCGACAAGAUGGUGUUUAUGACUUUGGAUCUCGAGAGAGACAUUAUCAAGCAGGGCUACAAGCCAAACUCGUAUGAUUUGGUCGUCGCAUCCCUGGUUCUGCACGCCACGUCCAACCUAGAACGCACGCUCUCCAACGUUCGGCGGUUGCUGAGGCCGGGUGGCUUUCUCGUCAUAAACGAGAUUACAGAUAGCGACGCCGCCAGGCUGGGGUUUAUAUUUGGCACGCUACCGCAGUGGUGGAUCGGCGAGGCAGAGGGUCGCACGCUGUCGCCCUGCGUCGGGCCUAUGGAAUGGGGCUCCCUGCUCCAACGUGUCGGCUUCUCCCACAUCAACUCCAUCACACCCGACUUUGACCUGCCAGCGUUUCCCAACUCCAUCAUUUGCACCCAGGCCGUUGAUGACAGAGUUCGGCUGCUGAGAAAUCCACUGUCCAACUCGACCAUGUUCCCCAGACUGCUUGUCGUGGGAGGUGCGACCACUGCAACGGUUGGGCUUGUGGGCAGACUUCUUGAAGUUUUGGGUACCCACUACCAGGAGAUUCUCUACAUCAGAACCCUCUCUGAACUCGACAAAGAGAAGCAUCUGGGCGACACGUUGCUGUCGCUUGCCGAUCUGGACAAACCGACGCUUGACAAGAUCGACGACGAGACAAUGUCGGCCCUGGUAGACGUGUUGAAAAGUUGCUCGAAAAUUCUUUGGAUCACACAUAAUGCCAAGGACGCAGUUCCAGCAGCUUACAUGUCACUUGGAUUUUUCCGAACCGUUAGCUGGGAGAUGCCCGAUACCCAUGUCAGGACCAUUGACUUUGUGGACGGAAGCGCGCCCGAAUCUUCAGUUAUUGCCGCGUCCUUGCUUGAGCUUGAGCUCACCAAGAUGUGGUCUACUGAAACUCAGAAGCACUCUAUACUUUGGUCCGAUGAGCGUGAAUUGGUCUAUCGAGAUGGGAGGCUCGAGAUACCUCGUCUCUUGAGCAACGAUGCAAUUGACGCUAGGUAUAACGCAAGCCGCAGAGCCAUAUACCGCAGGCAGGACAGUAAGCAGCUACGUCUCUCGCCACAGGGCUGGCUUGAAGAGGACACGAAUGCGCCAUAUCUGGCCGCCAUUGCCGCAAAAUCAAAGCAGCAGGUGAGAGUCAGGGUAGACUUCUCCACGGGGUUCAGAAUUCCGGUGACUGCCAAACAAGGCCUUAGUCACGCCUACAUCGUAGUCGGUGCAGCCAAGGGCAAGCGUCGUGUACUGGCUGUGAGCAGCCACUGCGCAAAGACAGUUUGGCCGUCGGUAUGCUCGGUGGUUGACAUCACCGAUGAUGCCUACGACGGCCCGGACUUACUCACCCAGGUUGCCGCCGUACUGCAGGCCAUGUACCUGUUUUCACAGGUUCCCAAGGGUAGUUACUUGCUUCUGCAUGAGCCCAGUGAUGAUCUAGCGGCCGCGGCCGACACUCUUGCCCAAGAGCGCGGGCUGCAUCUCACCAAAACUUCAACCCGCCAAAGGAAGAAUUUCAUCUUUCUUGAUCCUUUGUGGCCGGCACGCAUCGUCAGAGCCAAGCUUGGCCGAAAUAUUGAUUACUUUGCCGAUGCCACAAUGCUUCAAGAGGUCCAUGAGGAAUCCUUCGGGGGAAUAAUCACCCAGUGCCUGCCCGCAAGUACGACAAUCAUCAACACAGUGCCUGUCAUAUCACCAGAGUCUCUCCAAGCCCCAGAGGAAAGCGGGCGCUGGAUCUCAUUUCCCCACUAUGCAGCUGACUCUCCGUCAGCCCAGCUGUCGUCCGCUUACCGUUUGGCCCGAACCUUAUCGGUAACGGCUCUUGAUGUCUUGUCGUUGGAUGACUUUAGGUCGCAGGCCAUGGACUUACGGCGCAGCAUCAUUCAAUGGAAAGGAGCAGAAUCCCCCUUGGUCCGCGUCUGUCCGACGUACAACCUGUUGACCUUCCGUCCUGACAAGACGUACUGGCUUGCUGGUCUGACUAGUGAUCUGGGCUUGUCCCUAUGCGAAUGGAUGAUUGACAGGGGAGCACGCUAUCUGGUCCUUAGCAGUCGCAAUCCCAAGGUUAACGCCAAAUGGAUCGAGAAGAUGAAUCUUGAUACGGGCACCACCAUCAGGGUCAUCUCUGCCGAUGUGGCCGACGACAGCAGUCUUGCCAAGGCUUAUGCCGAGAUUGAAAACGAGAUGCCCGCCCUGCUUGGUGUAGUACACGGAGCCAUGGUGCUCGACGACAAGCCCGUGCGCUCAAUGGACGCCGAAAGCAUCGCGAGGGUGGCCGGCCCCAAGGUACACGGUAGCGACAACCUGCAUCAGAUCCUCGACAGAGAAAAGACAUCGUUGGACUUUUUCGUCUUCUUCUCGUCCAUAAGCACCGUACUUGGCAGCUACGGGCAGGCCAACUAUUCGGCGUCCAACUCGUACAUGAGAAGCCUCGCGUUGCAAAGAAGACAGAACGGAAAGCCAGCGUCUGUACUAAAUCUGGGGCUCGUCAUCGGCGUCGGCUACGCCUCUAACAAUCUCAGCCAGUCUGAAAAGGAACGGUUCCGCAGCAACGGUUUCAAGUGGAUUUCCGAGGUUGAUCUUCAUCACGCAUUUGCAGAGGCCAUUCUCGCCAGCCCUGCAGAGUCUGGAGUCGAUCAUGAGAUCACCAUCGGAGUAGAUCGAUUUGCCGCUGAAGCUCCCAACAAGCCAUUUUGGACAGAGAACCCCCGGUUGUCACACUUGCUGACAUAUGGCACAACCACUCACGGGUAUCACAAGAGCGAGACUACUGGCAACCAGCUGACGCCGCGCGAAAUGCUGGCGACUGCCUCCUCCAUGGCCGAGGCCAAACUAAUAAUCAAGGAUUCAUUCCUGCUCAAGCUGCAGAGCAUGCUGCGUCUCUCAGCGUCUCAAAUAGAGGACGAAUCGGCAAUCCUCAACUCCGCCACCGACCAACUCGGAUUCGAUUCCCUCAUUGCUGUCGAAGUACGUAGCUGGUUCUACAAGACCUUUGGCGUCAGCAUUUCGACCCUUGAGAUAUUGAGCGGCGUCACCAUCAACGGCAUCAUCACCAAGGCAUAUUUCAAGGUCAAGGAUGACCUGACUAUCACGACGGACGCCGAAAUGGAUUCGGGGAGCAAACAAGGCGAGGAAUCCUCGGCCAACCGAAUCACUUCUGCAAUUUCCCAAUCGAGUGCAAACACUUCGCCCCAUACCACUUGCACCACACCGGUCGACUCUCCUUGGGAUCUCGAAUCUUUUGAGUUGGCCGGAAAUGUCAAGAAGCCGGUCUCGCAAGAAGUGGUGCAGCGCAACAGCCCUUUGUCUUUCGGACAGGAGAUGUUUUGGUUCGUCCAGACCCUUGUGUCUGACGCCUACACCCUUAAUAACACCGUCGUGUAUCGGUUGACGGGAAACCUGAAUAUUCCGAAGCUAUCCAAGGCAGUCGAGUCCGUCGCGAGCCGCCACGAGUCACUUAGGACUGGCAUCGAGAUGGACGGGCAAGGCGUUGCCAAACAGGUUGUUUUUACUCAGUCGCGGCUUCAUCUCGAGGCCCUUGAAAUACCUCGAGAGCACCUAGAUCGCACUAUUGAAAGCCUGGUAGAGCACAAGUACGAUCUCCAAAGCGGGCAGAGCGUACGGGUUAUGGUUGCAUCGACGUCGUCCACAGAACACCAUUUUCUUAUUGGGUUCCACCAUAUAAACAUGGACGGCAUCAGCCUGCAGGUGCUUCUUUCCGAACUCGAUGAUGCGUACAAAGGUGACCCAUUAAACAAUGGACCUCUCCUACAAUAUGUGGACUUUUCCCGGCGCCAGCAGGAUGCGCUAGAAAAGGGCGAGUGGGAUCACCACCUCGAAUUCUGGCGGAAUCAGCUCGCCGAUCCUCCGGCACAGCUCCCGAUUUUGCCACUUCCCGACGCUGCCAAGGUCAGAUCCCCUCUUCUGGAAUAUCGAACCACCGAGGUUGAGGCUCGGCUUGAACCAUGCACCAUGAAGUUUGUCCACGACAGAUGCCGACAGCUGCGGGUGACGCCGUUCUGCUUCUACCUCGGCAUCUUCCGUGUGCUCCUCGCCAGGUUAGCCAAGACCACGGACUUUUGCAUCGGCAUAGCCGACGCGAGCCGUCUCGGUGGUGACAUGCUUGACGCGGUCGGCAUGUAUCUCAACUUGCUCCCCCUGAGGUUCCGGACCCACGGGGCAGAGACCCUCGAGCAGAUUGCCCAAAACACCAGAGAUACCAUCAGGGAGAGCCUCGAGCAUUCUGCCGUCCCCUUUGGCGUCAUGCUGAGCAAACUUGGCGUGCCUCGCUCGGCUGAUCACAGCCCCAUCUUCCAAGCCUUUGUCGACUAUCGACAGGGGGCCAAGGAAAAGCAGUCCCUUGGCGAUUGCGAGCUCGAAAUCUGUUACUACCAGGGAGCAAAGGCGGCCUACGAUGUCAGCCUCGAUAUCAUCGACUCUGGCAAACUCCCAACAGCUGUCAGACUCGCUGUGCAAGACAGUCUGUACUCGAGACGAGAUGCCGAGCUCCUUCUUUGCGGGUUUUUGCAUCUCGUCAAGUCACUAGCGGCGCCAGUAAAGCAGGAGAUUAGCAUGCAAAGUCUGUCAAUCUUUCCCAAAGACAUGGUCGAAAAGGCGGCGCAGCUCGGACAGGGACAUUACAAGGGCUCAACCUGGCCUGGGACACUCCUUGACCGCGUCGCUGAGGUGUCGUCUUCCUGCAGCCAUGAUAUUGCCAUUGAGGAUAUCGACGGUAGAGAAUUCUCAUACAGUGAGCUAUGGUCUCGAGUCCACGCCGUCGCCGAGAGUAUAUCGCGCCUUGGCAUCUCUGCUGGGAGCAUUAUUGGGGUCCUGCAAGAGCCAAGUGCGGACUGGAUCGUCUCUCUCCUGGCCAUUUGGAGGGUUGGUUGUGUGUACAUGCCCUUUGAUGCUGCCAACCCAAUGUCAAGGAUUGCUAUAAACUGCUCUCAUGCUUGCCCGAAGCUAGUCCUGGUCGAUGAAGCGUUUGCGACCACUGCAUCAAUCCUUGAGAAACCCCUACUGAAUCUUUCAUCCAUUCCACGCGCGACCCAGCCGCCAGGCCCUUCCACCAAGCUUACCUUUCCAGAGACUCGUCCGACAGACCCCGCUGCGGUUCUCUACACCAGCGGCUCCACCGGCACACCCAAGGGCAUAAUCCUGUCCCACCAGAACCUCGUCCACGAGAUUGAGUUCUCGUCGGCGACCUACGACUUUGGCGUGGAGCACGUCCUGUGCCAGAGCGCGCUCGGAUUCGACAUGUCGCUGACGCAGAUCUUCUCAGCCCUCGCCUUUGGCGGCUCGCUGCAUAUGCUUCCUAGGUCUCAGCGGGGCGACGCCGUGGCCAUUACGAAGCGCAUCGUUGGCUCCAGCAUCACGUUGACGGGAGCUACGCCCUCGGAAUACAUGAGCUGGAUCAGCUUUGGCGGCACGAAUCUGGCCUGUUCAAAGUGGCGGCGUGCCAUUUGUGGUGGCGAGCCAGUGAACGCCUCGCUGCUCCGCGCCUUUGACUCCAUCGGGCGUCCCGAGUUGAAACUUUUCAACGCCUACGGGCCUACAGAGACGACUUGCUCCGCUACAAGGAUCGAGCUGGAUUAUCGUAGUCCCCAGGACGGAGUAUUAACGGCCGGUCGUGCUGCCCCCAACUGCUCAAUCUGCAUCGUCGAUGAGAAUCUUCACCCCCUUCCCUCGGGCAUGCCUGGAGAGGUCCUGAUCGGCGGCGCCAAGGUCGCGCUUGGGUAUCUGGGUAACGCCGAGCUCACAGCUUCCAGGUUUUUCUCGCAUGCGCUAGUGGAUAAGAGUUUUGCUGCCAAAGGCUGGACGUCGGUCCACCGCACAGGGGAUGUCGGUCGCCUCUUGCCCGAUGGAAGCCUGGUGCUUCAAGGUAGGGUAGAUGGUGAUACUCAGGUCAAGCUCAGAGGUAACAGGGUGGAUUUGAUCGACGUCGAAAAAUCCAUGUUUCAGGCAGGGCAAGGUCAACUACUUCAAGUUUUUGCACAUGUUUACUAUCCCGAGCCGGCGGCUAGCAGCAGUACUCGCUUAGAGUCAGCUGUUUUGGCUGCUCUCGUGGUUGUCGAUACUUCGUGCUCCACUGCCAAUAGGCAAGACUUGUUUGCAGAUGUGCUAAGACGAGUCUCGCUCCCACGGGGUCAAAAGCCCUCUUUCGUCGAGGCGGUGGAGUGCCUACCCACAACUGUCAGUGGCAAGGUGGACCGAAAGGCUGCGGCUAAGCUGCUAGCAAAAAAACUGAUGAGCUCUGCGCCAGCCGUCCUCGGUGAAGAAGACAAGGAGUUGUCCGAGGUGGAAUCUCAGCUGCGCCACAUUUGGCUACAGGUGCUUCCUGCCAAUACUCAUGGCCAAGUCCGUAGGUCAUCUGACUUUUUCCACGCUGGAGGUGAUUCUCUCCUUCUCGUCGCGUUGCAGCGGAAGAUUAUGCAGGCGCUUGGGAUACAUCUCCCGCUUGUCUCCAUGUUCGACUCGAGCACCUUGAAGGACAUGAGCCUUUUGAUCGAGCAAAGAUCCGCCGUGGAGGCCCAGAUUGACUGGGACAUUGAGACCGAGCCCAGCCGAAACAUCAGGACCUACCUUGGCAAGACUGAAGUGGUGACUAUUCCAAACGGUGGACCUGUCGUGGUAGUACUCACAGGAGCGACUGGGCUUCUCGGCAAGGCACUCUUGCAGGCUUUCAUCGCGGACGCAAGAAUCUCGACGAUCCACUGCAUCGCGGUCCGCCAACCAGUUGCAUUAGCCUCUUUGCUCUCUUCCAACAAGGUGCAAGUACACGGGGGGGAUUUGUCACUACCACGGCUAGGCCUGUCACCCGAGGCCGUGCGCCGCAUCUUCUCCAAGGCGCACGUGGUGGUCCACAACGGGGCCGACGUUUCGCACCUCAAGUCGUACCGGACUAUCAAGGGCGCCAACGUGGGUUCGACGGCGCAGCUUAUCCAAAUGUCCCUGGACCAGGGUCGGCUGGUGCCCCUCCACUUCGUGUCUACGGCCGGUGUCUCGCUGUAUUCCGGCUUGGACAAAUUUCCCGAAAUAUCCGCGGCGGCUUUCCCACCCCCUGCGGACAAUAAAUCGGACGGGUAUACAGCGUCCAAAUGGGUGAGCGAACGGCUUUUGGAAAAGUUUCACGAAAAAAGUAGACUUCCGGUGUGGAUACACAGACCAUCAAACAUCCACCGGGUGCAUAAUCCUCAGUUCGACCUUUUCCAAAAUUUACUCAAGUUUUCGGCAAUUUUACAGGCUGUUCCGGUGUUUCCCAGCCUCCAGGGUUAUUUGAAUCUUGUUGAGGCAGUUGAUAUCGCGCAGGAGAUUUUGGGGGAUAUUUUUGCAGACCAAGGUAAUAAGGUCAACUACCGACAUCGGAUCGGCGAACGAAAUUUAUCCAUGGACGGACUCGCGGAUUUUAUCAAAAGUGACCCCUCGUCCGACGUCAAAGUGCUGGAUGUGGACAUAUGGAGGGGCUUGGCUGAAGCCGAAGGCUUGCCAAAGACUGUGGGCGAGUGGUUUAGGAAGGUCGCAAACGGAGUUCCCGUCAAGUAUCCUCUUCUUGUGACGGAUAGAGAUUAG